AUGGCAGACACGCUUCGAGGCACCCUUGGUCUCAUCAUCCUGGCAUUACUCCUGCAAACCAGGCUCUCCGCCGCCGUCGAUGCGCCAUACAUUCCGCCUUAUUUUAACUUGUCCCUUCGCACAAACGUGGGGCCAGUGUCCAUAUCUGCACUUCCCCACGCCAAAUGCAACUCGACCAACCUUGAAGACCGGUGUGGCAAGGUUUUAGCUUACGUUCAGGGCGCCCAAGUGUCCCUCUAUGCUGCUUUGGGGCUGAGCCCUGGAGCUACCUUUGGUGCCAGCGUCCAACCACUCGGCUGUUCCUACGAUCCUGCCACGUCUUUCAAGUGCCUGUUGGCGGUCGGUGCUCCUGGGACAACCUAUGGCGCUUUGAACCUGUCCGGCGGGUUGUAUACAUUUCUCUUGACAGCCACCGACUCGCCGUAUCAUGCCACUCCCAUUGCUCAAGUUACUCCUGCCGUCAUCGACUUUGGCUUAACGGCCGUUCUACAUCGCUUGGCCCAGGAACGCGUUGUCGCUACCCAUGGGCUGGGCACGCAGUUGGCAGCCCUGCCCAUGUUAUUCGAUGAUGGUUUCAUGAACCGAGUCUCUGAGCUACCCCUGGUCGUCACAGCGCCACAAAGCGUGCUCCCAAACGUGUUUGGCAGCCUGACCGGCGAGGUUUUUUUGACCACGCAUACUUAUAGUUUGAGCUCAUGCGCGGCUCAAUUCUCUCAUUUCGACCAUGUCUCAAACGGCACUCGCCUUCGAGCUAUUGCGCCGCUGCUGGCCCACGUGGAUGGCCUGGGUCAAGCUGUUGCAGUGCUGCGUAGCAACACCAGCACCGUGUCCGACAUUCAGCUGCUUCUGGCCGUUGGCACCUACUAUGGCACAGCACUCGUGCACCUUCAUGUUGCCUUGCCUGCCAGUGGAUCUGCAGGUCAUCCCGUAUGGCACUGUACCGCAGUGCAACUCAUCAACGCAGAGCGCCCACCGAGCAUUUUACUGCCCUUUCCCUUACCCAGCGUAGUGUUUGACGCGCCACCUCACUUUGAUGGCUCCACAUUCAGAGCCAUUUCUUUCUUGGCAGCAACUUGUGGCUUUGCACAAUGCGCGGAUCAUCAUGUCUUCUACAGUCAUUUGCGCAGACCCACGCCUGUUGCCAAGCUCAACGCGUUGCGGCCGAUUGGGUUGGCCUGGCGUCAGCUGUACAACUACACAGAACCAGCCAAGCUUUUGAUUGCUUCGGUGCUGGCCGCCGACGCUCAAUUGAACCGGACGGAGCCCCUCAUCCUGAAUAGUAAUGCCCCUGUCGAGUUUGUGAGCAACAACCUCAGGCCUCAGAUGCUGGUUUUAGACCGGACUUACGACUCCAUGAUCAUGACCUCUCAGUGGUGGAUUGCCUCAGACACCCAAACGCUCGAACUACGCAAUCGCGUCACUUGGGGCUUAAGCCACUCUUGGACCAUUUUCGAUAUUUUGGAGCAAACGUCCGUGGAGAGUGACUCUGAAGAGGAGCAACACAUUGCUCGGGUUAGAUCAAAUUGGCCCGCGUACGUCUUGACCGUCCAAGAAAAAAACGCUCACAUAUUUCUAACCAUCAACAACGGGCACGGCGCCAUUGAGGCCACCCUAUGGCCUGCGCUUUUGUUGGAGCUCAACACGACUAGCCUUGAAUUCCAGCUCAUCACGUCGGACAACUCAUCAACCAUCACGGCCACUGGAGCCAACGGCUACUUUUUCGCGAGCCUCCCCUUGACCAUGGGCAAUCGAGAUGGACAUCGAACGCGCUAUCGUGGCACAGUCGAAAAUCCAGCGACAGGAGCUGGCAUGAAUGUCGCACAAGAGGCCGAGGGAGAACGCUAUGGUGCCAGACUAGCCAUGACCGCGCCGUUGAACACGACCUCGACCGUUCUUUUCAUUCUCAGUGGUGGCUCCGGUCGGAUCGCAAUUAUCGACCUCACUAGAUUUCCCAGAGGCAUUGACUACCAAACGAUGUUUUCGCUAAGUAAUGCCAUGGUCACCGACAUCGAUGCAUUGUUCCAAACAUACUUCCUCAGCGAGUUUCACGACUUUGACAGCAACUUACGGUUUAGCCUUGUGAGCAAAAAUACCGUUGACAUUAUCACGAAUCUUACUCACUUCGACUUUUUCACAGAGCAUCGGGACUGUUAUCUACCCCUGCUCACCAUGUCCUCCGACCAAGCUUGGAUGUCCUGUUCGAGUUCGACGUCAAAUGAGUGGCUGGCCUUCUUUGAUGGGAGCCGCGUCAGCCAGCGGGUCAACCUCACGCUUGGCUAUUACGUCCAACUUGUGGUUGCCGCAGCGCUACACGAGCCUGCCGAUGAGGUCGCACUUGCCCUUACCUAUCCUGGGCUCGCCUACAGCCAUGCACUUUUGGUCCCAACGAUGGCCGUGCCUGCCUUCAUGUCCAGCCUGAACCUCGAGCCCGUCGUUCUUGAUUGCACCAGCGCCUUCUCAAUCGUUAUAGAGCCAAGCACGCUGCAGAGCUUGGUGCACAUAAUCGUGCCAAACACCCAGACCUGUUCUGGUCAAAUUCAAGCGAUGGCAAGAUAUGGGCAAAUGGAGGGUGCCAUACGCGUUCUGACUCGAGGAGCUAACGCCACAAGAUUAGAUUACUCGGGCAGCAUCACUGCCGGUACUUUCUCGUGGCUUUUAGUUCCGCGCAUCAACGUAGCUCAGACUGAUGUGCAUUGCUUCUUUACCGCGAGGACCACGGAGCGGAGUGGAAUUACUUUCACGUUUACCCCGGGCAAUACCCGCCGCGAACCAGCCGUUUUGGCCGGCCGUAUUCCACCAUAUGUGGUUCUCAACGGAUACUUUCCAGCUACUGUGCUGUGGACGGGGCGUUUCUUCUUGGCAUUGAGCAAUGAUCUAUACCCCGUCUGGCGCUUCGCGGGUGACAUCAAAUGGACACCUAUCAUGGCUGGCCUUGUUGACAGCGGGCACCAUCGACUCUCAUUCGACCCCGACACCAGAGGCCAAGUUGUGACGUCCCACCUGGUGGUGUGGCCUUGUACCACAACAGAAGACCCUCCGCGGACGGCAUUGCUUGUACUUUGGCCCAAUGGUCGAGCCAUUCAGGCUGUGACCAGCUACUCUGUUCCCACCGAUCGCCUAUCCACGAUCGCUCUGGCACUGCCGACGUCGGCAAGCGUCCAUUACUUGAUAGCGGGCCAGAAUGCAAGCGAUGGCUCUGGAGUUUUGCUACAUCUUGCUAAUGGCCAAAGCUACACAAACAUGACAAGUUUGCCGUCCCAUCUUGGUCCCCUUUUACCGGGUCGUCUGGAAUUGCCAUACUUGGUAUUCUCAAACAUCUCGACCUCGCGCGACGCGCACACUGUCGUGCCUGGCAGCGUCAGCGCGGCCUUUCAGAAUACAUCAGUGAUCUUGCAUGUGUGGGAUGUGCAUCGUCAUCAAGAAGCGUGGUCAGUAGCGGUACCUCGCGACAGCUGGUAUCUUGGGUCUGUGAACAUCAACGGGACCCUCGCUCCUAUCCUUUGCUUACCCGCCGCUGAAACGAGUGGAGCGCGCCUUCAGAUGUGCCAGCCCUCCGGUUGCUAUACUCUGCUGUCCGGGCCCGGGCGCCUGGUGCGAGCUACGGUGUGGGGAGACAGCCUUUACGCGGUAUUUCACGACGCCCCACGCGGCUUUGCUUUCCAAGUCGUGCACUACAACUUCUCAAAAGCAGCGCCGAGCCUAUAUCAGUUUGCUGGUCAAAUUAUUCAUCAAAAUUUCGCCGACUUGCUCGAUCUACAAGCCACUGCUUCGACCGUGUACAUGUAUUUAACCAACCGUCAAUCUAAAAUAGCACUAUUCGGUGGCGCUCUCCUGUUACUUGAGAAUUCUGCAGAUGUGAUGGUUCCCCCGUGCCCCAGUGGCGCGAGCAAGCCGGCGUCUCCCUUGACGCUACCCACCAACGGCUCGCUUCUCACCUGGCGCUCCUGUUGGCACGAACCAGUUGUGGUCAUGUGCUAUGAAAAUGUGAUGGGCAACAGCUAUGGCGUGCAGUACGCCGUUGGUGCCGCGUGUGAUGAAGUUGAGGUUGUGGACGAUGGAAAUAGCAACUGUGUCGAUGCCGAGUUGUUGGUGCCCUCAGAGGUGGACGCGCCCAUUUGGGUGUUGCUGCGCAGUGUCGAGACGACCCCUUCGAGCUUGCGCACGUUGUGGCAAGUCAACGUCACGGGUAACCGCUUGUAUAACGCUACUCUUGCACGAACCCGUGUGCAUGCGGCAGCCAGCGUGCAAGAAGAAGACGCAUUUGUCAUUUCGGCUUCAGCUGCGCCUGGCAGCUCUCCCGAAAUCAUGGUCCUCAACUCAGCUGGAUCUUUGCAAGACGUCGAUGCAAGCAUUAUUGCCUGGACUGCGGAAUCCAACCUAGGUUAUGUUGUUGGCUUGGCGGCAGACGUGCUUCUUUUUAUUGAGGAGUACAUUGAACACACGUUGGCGCGGUUUUACUCCUUCAACUUUGCAGAUCUCUCUGUGGGCCCCUUCGCGGGCUCAAUACCACUGCGCCUCUCCACACCAGCUCACGGGUAUUUGCGUCUCUCUGCAAGCCAAUACAUCAUGGCUACGUUUGUCGAGGGUAAUACGGUCGAGGUUCUCAACGCACAGACAACAAACAGUUGUGUCAAAGCACUUCCCAUGACCCCCGUCCUAUUGAAGCAGCUGCCUGAGAUCACAGUUCUGUACGGUCGGGCUGGCCAUGCUGUUCGGCUUGGCUUCGUAGAACCCGCCAGCACUCCAUCUCGCAGCCCAACCACAACUUCCGCUAGCAUGACCACCACGACACGGUCACAGGGCUGUGCCGUUUUCCCCCUUGAUGCCAACAAACCAUUCAACGGGUAUCGCAUUUUCGACCAGUACCUCAGCGGCGUAGUCGAUGAGGUUAAUCUGCAGGCGUGUCCAGGCUUAAUCUAUCACAUGCGACUGCGUGGAAUAUCUGCGCCCAUCUUUGUCGACUUGAUCUUACCCUCUGCAGCUCCGGUGCAGCUAGACAUUUCCCUGCCCAGCGGUCAUUCCGUUGGCCACCUCCGACUUGCCACGACGUUUGCUCGAAUUCCCAUUGUCAUCCGGGGGCUUACUGCUGUAUACAUUCAGAUGUCCGUGGCACAGCCAACCUUGUUCAACAUGACCCUACACGUACCUGACGUAAAUUAUGACGAAGACGCCAUCAGCAACUGCAAUGAAUGCCACGCAGGCCCAUUGUUGCUGCCACAGCGUGAAAAGGUGCCCGCUGUUGCGGCCGCACAAGCGGGAAAGCUCUCCUUGGUGUCAUCUCCCGACUUUCUUCAACUCUUGAGCAGUACAACGCGGGUGCAGGCACGCCUAGCCGCACCAUUCCCCCCAUCCCCGGAGAAUCCGACGACAGAGCUUGCUGACCUUCCGUGGUUGCUACCCGCAUGCGAUUGUACCGUUGCGGAUCCAGCCGGAGGGGGCCUACUUGUCGCUGAUGGGAUGCGUCUUGACUACGUACUUUCCUUUGAUACGCUCGGAGCCGGUAUUCUUCACUUUCAAGAUUCCGAGCUGGUUGUAUCUUGUUUCAAGCCCUGCCUGAGUGUUGCACGCUUGGCACUUGGGUCCACAACUACCGGCUGGUCGAGCAAUUUGCUGGAGAUGUCCACCAAUGCUAGCUACGUAGAUGUGGCGCGGUGGCCAGCGGUGCCAUCGAUCUUGCUCGUGCCGGGUGUCUCCACUCCGCUUACCAACAACGGCAUGGGGUUAACUUAUGAACUAGCCACUUUUGCCACCUGGCAUACGCUUCUUCAACUCGAUUUCGAUACCGCAGUUGCGGUGGGAACGCCCACGGUCCUAUUCCGUGUGCGCGUGGAAUUCCGGCCCUUCGUCUCGGGCUUUAGCGCUCGUUUUAGGCACGCCACCAACGGGACUGUGCUAAGCACCGUCCAAGCUCAGGCGAAUGACGGCGGCUAUGUGGAGCUAUCCAGCGUCACCUCGAUUGAUGCUCAAAGCUUGACUUGGUUUUUUGAGGUCCAAGGCAAUGGGCAUCUACACGUCUUCAACUUGACAGUCCAACGAAUGCCUUACUACGGCGACAUCAACCGCUGCUUUUGCACAAGUUUUCCAUCUUGCACGGCCGAAGAACGCUUCUCCCUCAACGGGGACACGUUGAUGUUCGAGUGUGCCGCUUGUGAUGACGGACUCACGCGAUCUCUCACCAAUCCCUACAGGUGUGAGCCAUUGUGGACUCCAAUUCUUGACGCCUCGCUGUCCGUCGCUGAGGGCGGCGAUGUUCGUGGAUUGCUGACAAGCAAUGAUCUUCUUUUGCUCAGCAUGGCCAAUGGUAAAAGCGAUACCAGCAAUGACGACUCAGUCGGCCAAGUUCUUGUGUGGGUGGAGGACAUGGGCAUGUGGGGCCAGCAAACCGUCCUAUCGUCGCCACGGCGCAACGCCUCCGAAUUUGGCAUACAAAUGCUUGCCAUGACGCACGGCCGUUUUGUGAUAGUCGAUCACGUACCCAGCGCUGGCGCCAGCAAUACCAGCAACCUGACGCUGUUCAUUCACAAUGCGACAACCAUGGACCCGGGCCUCUACUUUCCGUUUGUGGCACCCCCGUUACCGAUACCAGCUUUAGGCGUCACCAGCUCAGGCAUACUGUACUCUGAUGUUCUCGACGAACAGCCGAGGAUCUGCUCUUUGCCAAUAUCUAAUCAACUGCCCGCAGCCCUGACGCUGGGGGGAUCUGGUGGUGUUUCCUGUUUUCCGAUUGACAGUCCUUUGAGCAUUUCAACCAGUGAGCACAACUCUUUCCUGAGCAAUAGCUCGUACAUGCUAGUUCUGCAGCAGGAUCCUCAGACCAGCUUUGGACGAGUGCAGCUGACGUUGGAUAUGUCCGCUGAGGCCAACUUUUCCUUUACUGAACAUCACACAUCGUCAGCGUCGCACCUGGUGAUUGGUCUUUACGGUAAUGUCGCGCACUACCUUAAUGUGUGGCGUCGUGAAAGCAACGGCAGCAUCCAUGAGCACGGCACCUUCAUGUUGAUGGGCAGCCGUCAACACAUGGGUUUGAUCAUGCUGGAAGACGCCGUGGUUUUGGCCAGCUAUCGCAGCCCAACCCAGCUCACGGUUGUCGCCAUGGACUUUUCUGACGACACGUUCAGCACGGUCUUCAGAAAGCCCUUGUUGGAUGCGAAUCGUGUGACCACGGGUAGCGGGACGCUAGCCAAGGCAGACAACGCCGUGUACCUGCUCUGGGGAACCCAGGUGCUGGUCCUCGCAUCUGGCUCAAACCCCGUGCGUUUGGAUCCCACGUACCUCUACAAUCAGGAUUCAGCCUUGCUCCUGUCGUGGACGGUGCAAACGUAUAAUCUGCAGAUUUUAGUUGACGGGUUACCCACUGCCCCUGUCGAAAUUUCCUCGACUUCUUUGACCACAACCUACUCGACAAGCAGUUCGUUGCUCAGUACAGCCACAGUGCCGCUUGCAGCGGUCGGAGGAGCUUCGCCACCGACGGGCGCGAUCGUGGCAGGCGUGCUGGGCAUCGUGCUCGUGCUCUUCGUGGCUGCGGUGAUGCUCGUGCGUCGGCAACGGGGGAGUCAGCGACAGUCGCUAAUGCAUCGACAAGGCGGAGUGGGCGUUGACGCAUCCACGGUGCCCAUGUCGGCAGAAGGGCAAAUUGAGUUGUGUUUGUUGCAGUUUGAGCAGCAGCUCCUCAGUGGGACUAUGCGGCACGCGAAGAGCAACGAGACCGCUGUGCAGGCUGGCGCUCACUCCAUGACCAUGAUCAGCAGCAAAUGGCUGCAGCAGACCGAGUUACUUGGAAAAGGCCAUUUUGGAGCCGUUUACAAGGCGAUUCCCACGAAGCAUCGCGAUCUUUUUCGCGACUCCGUGGUUGCCUUCAAGACGUUUGAGGAUGUACAGAUGGCGGAUUACAAGGCCGUCAUGAUGGAGGCAGCACUGAUGCACAUUGCUUCCCAGCACCCUCACGUGGUGCAGCUCAUUGCUGUUGCACAAGACUGCAUGCCAAUCGCUUUGGUAUUGGAGUACGCGGACUUGGGUGACCUGCGAGCCUUCUUGCGGCGCCCGGAUGCCAGAAUCUCUUUUCCCAUGCAGCUCGAGUGGAUGCUCCAUAUUGCGAGAGGUCUGGCUUAUGUUCAUCAAAACUGCCUGGUGCAUCGAGAUCUGGCUAGCCGCAAUGUGCUACUCUUCAGCCGGCCUGGUGCAGUGCCACUCGCCAAGUUGGCUGAUUUUGGCUUGAGCCGAUACGUCUCCAAGGAGCAUGAUUACUACCGGACGGCUCAGCUGGAUGCCCUUCCAUUUCGGUGGAUGGCACCCGAGGCACUGGCGAAAGGACUGUUUACGAACGAAUCGGACUUGUGGGCGCUGGGGAUUACCUUUUGGGAGCUCUUCAAUCGUGCCCGGACGCCAUAUGGAGAGCGGACCCUGCAGAUGAUCCUUGAAUUUCUGCAAAGUGACCAGCGCCUGUCAUUGAGUAGUGUUCCACCAACCCUUCACAACCUUUUCACCCAGCUUUGGCAUCUCAAUCCGGCCAAACGACUUGGUCUGUCGGAAGUGGUGGACCAGUUGGCCGCGGAGCAGCGCACGCUGCAGGGGCAUGCCGUCAAUUUCACGCUCAACUUUGAAGAGGCUGAAAGCUCACUCUAA